AGGUGGCUGGAGUGAGUGAGGGUCUCAACAUCAGUAGUUGGAGGGGCCAUGGAUCUAAGGAGCAUGUGUCUGGAGUGCCAGCUAUUGGGGUGAUGGGUCUCUGGAUGGCAGACUGAAAAGAAAUGCAGUUUUAAGAGGGGAUGCUACACAAGUCUCUGACAUCCAGCCAAGAGAUUACCAAAUAAGGAAGAAAAGGAAACUGAGGGAGGACUGGAGGACAAAGCCUGGGAGGAAGACUGAGAGCCUUCAGCCCAAGAAACUAAUUAUACCAAAGAUGAUGACUAGAAAGAUUAAGCUUUGGGACAUUAAUGUCCAUAUAACCUGUCAUUUAUGCAAUGGAUACCUGAUUGAUGCCACCACUGUAACAGAAUGCUUACAUACUUUCUGUCGAAGCUGCUUGGUGAAGUAUUUGGAGGAAAACAACACCUGUCCAACAUGUCGGAUUGUUAUACACCAGAGCCAUCCAUUACAGUAUAUCGGUCAUGAUAGAACAAUGCAAGAUAUUGUUUACAAACUUGUUCCAGGCCUCCAAGAAGAGGAAAUGAAAAAGCAGAGGGAAUUCUAUCACAAACUGGGAAUGGAAGUACCAGGGGACAUCAAAGGGGAGACAUGCUCUGCAAAGCAACAUCUAGAUUCACAUCGCAAUGGUGAAACUAAACCAGAUGAAAAUUCAAACAAAGAAACUUCUGAAGAAAAACAGGAAGAAGAUAAUGACUAUCAUCGAAGUGAUGAACAGGUAAGCAUCUGCUUGGAAUGCAACAGCAGCAAAUUACGUGGAUUGAAACGAAAAUGGAUCCGCUGCUCAGCACAAGCAACAGUCUUGCAUCUAAAGAAGUUCAUUGCUAAAAAACUUAACCUUUCUUCUUUUAAUGAGCUGGAUAUAUUAUGCAAUGAAGAGAUUCUUGGCAAGGACCACACACUCAAGUUUGUAGUUGUUACAAGAUGGAGAUUUAAGAAAGCACCUCUACUGCUACAUUACAGACCCAAAAUGGACUUACUGUAGGAGAACUUUAUUGUCCUUCUGGACAGUUUUUUUUGCAGAGACUAUCAUCUGGCACCUUAGUGCAGCACUUAACUCUCAUGUGACACAAACCAGCAGAAUCAUUUUGGAACAUUGUAGUGCUUCUGUAGCAGGUUGUCCUUCUGAAUAUUUCUAGGGAUGUGCUACAUGGAUUUUUUUGACAAAUAUAUAUAUAUUUAUUUUUGUACAAAUGAAAUAAAUCACAACUCAAUAGGAUUCUACAAACACUGAGUUUACAAGCAAUGAAAACACUUAACGGUUCCAUGGAGCUCAGCCUGAUUCAUCUAUUUGUAGUUACACAAAAAUAAGUUAAAAUGGUGCAGGAAAGAUUUAAAAUGUUGCUUUUAACACCAAAUUACUAAAUUUACUUAUUUUUGUCUUUAAAAUUUUCAACUUGUUUCAGUAUGUUUUUCUGAGUUGUUCUUGUUUUAUGUAGUAUGUCCAAUUAUGUCAGCUUUAAUCAAGCCAUUCUAUAGAGCAUUGAACAUACCUAAUGGUACAGUGACUGGUGAUAUUUAUUAUGCUGCAUUAAAAACUUCCUAAAAGCCUGGAGAUCCAAUUACUUCAUUAGUUUUGCACAGUGAUUGUUCUUUAUUUUUUAUUUCAGUAAUAUUUUAAUAUCCCUCCUUUGCAUGUUGAUUUUAAAUGAGUUCUAUUGACUUUUAAAAAUAUGCCUUAAUAUUUUGCCAUGGCAUAAAUUACAUCCAAUCAUAACAAAUAUUCAUAAGUGCUGAACUUGUGAAAUUGUUUUAAAGCAAAUAUGUCAUAUAAUUGGGGCUUGAAAAAAUCAGAUUUUACUUUAGAGAGUAUUUGCUAUUUGAUUAGCUGUUAAAACUAUGGCUGUUGAGCACCUUUUGUUGAUGUUGCAAAAGUUUCCAUUUCACUAGCUAAAAAUUCUUCAGUUAACUGCAAAUCAAUUCUGUGUUUCUUUUGCUGUUUUCUAUGUGAAACCAUAGCUGUUUAUAGCUCAAUUACUAAUCUGACCUCAAAGAUAAAUAGAUUACAGGGGCACCGUCUGGCUUUCCCUGAUAAUUUUGCUUGUGUCAAGCCCUGAGAGAUGCAAACUACUGUAUGUGUGUCUAUGUACAGACAUGCACACACCUUAGAGAAUCCACCUUCAGUAGUGCUUAGCAGUGUUGACUACACUGAUUGAAAGGCUUUUUAAAAUAGCUUCAUAAAAAUGUGGUAGUAGCUGAAAGUGACUUCUGCAAGCUGUAUGCUGCACAACACUAUAUAGCACGGAUGUGAGUGUGUCUGACAUGGAGUCUUAAGUAACUGAAAAGAUGAGCAGUAUUAUUGGCAGUUGCUAAUAAUUUUUAACUCUUUGAGUUUUCCUGUCUGCUAAAAAUGGCAGUUAUAUCAAACACUUUAUUCUUUCAUAAAAUAUCAAUGGCUAGGAAAAUCAGUAUGCCUAUUAGCACUGUCCUGCUUCUUCCAGCUAUGUUCCCGUACUUUGCAAGAAAGCAUUGCUUAAUGUUACUUGAUAAAAGGAGGUUGAUCUCAUAAGAGGUUUAUUCAAGUAUUCUAAAUCCUACUGCAUCUUGAGUUUUCCAUGCACCGCAUUGCUCUGUACAUCUCCCAUGCUUUUCUUAAUUGAACUUUUCAGUUCUUCUUUACCUAGUUCUGCUGUUGCCAGAGGGAAGCUCUAAGUUCACUUGUUUGUCUUAAGAAAUGGGGCCCUUGUUUUCAUUUAUGGCCAUAGAUGGUGGAUGGUGAAGAAAUUGAAAGAAAUGCAAAGAGAAAGAAAAAGUCUACUGAACUGUGAGGAUGGUCAAGAGAGCCACAAUAAGGCCAGUGGAGUACUGCCAUCUCUGCAAAUGAUGAUGUGAUACCACUACAUUUGAACACUUGACUUAGACAGGACUUGUUCACAUCAAGGCUUAGAGAAUAUGCAUGUAAUGGAAUUAGAAGUUUGCUCUGGUUUUGCUUUACUGUUUCUGGACUUGCUUGCCUACAAUUUAGCUUUUAUCUGUUUUUAGCAUUAAUAGAAGUGACAGAAGAGGGCAGGUGAGAUCUAGUUAGUCUCUAUUUUUGUUCAGCUAUAGUCUAAGGGUUUAAUAAAUAUAUUUAUGAUUGGUCUAUCUCAGUAUAUUUACACUGUGGAACCUUAUUGUAAGAUCAGAUGUUGAUGCAGUCCUGCUGAACUUUAUUGGGAUUUUAGUGUUUCCCUGUGUAGCUCUACAACUGAAAGAGGUUAGCAUUAUACAAAUGUAAAUUCAGGAAGCUCUCUGCCAUACAGUUCUAAAUCUUGUUCUAACAGUCUAUAGUAUAGAAUAUAUGUUUUCAAGUACGUAACUACAUUUGGAAUCACUCAAAUUUGUUAGUGCUAUAUCAAUAUAUUUAAAUCUGUUUAUAAUAGGUAUGCAUCUGUAGCCAUUGUUAACACCUAUAGCUGGCAAUUGCUCAUAAUCAUAACUUCUUUGUAGUGUUUAAUUUGAUAAAACCUCAGCAGUAAUUUUAAAAGCAAAACAAACCACAACCCUAUUGUUUGCAUCAUGUCACAAUAGAUAUCGUCAUUACAAAAACCGUUUCCCAUCAGGAGGGAUGGGAUGGGAUGGUGUCUGCACCAUUUGUUUGCUUUCUAGCUUUAUAGAGAGGCUAGACUACAAUUGGAUUCAAGUCAGAGGCAAGCCUUAGGGUCAAAGUGCUAGUUUACUUCUUUGAAGCUUAAGGAACAGUUGGUUUGAUGUCAAGAUUAUAUUGGCUAAAACAAUACGGACUUCUCUCUUUAAUUUUUUUAAACUUAAAUCUGAAAGUUGGGUUCAGUAUAGCUAUUUUUUAAAUCCUAAUGAAGUCAUGAUUAAUUUAUUUUGAUCUUAAUGAAAAAAGCAUUAAUGUGAAGUAAUUUUUACAGCCACUUACGCUGGUAAAUAAUCGUGGUAAAAAGGUAUCUUGUAGCAUUAUCCUCAGCAGCAAUGAGACUAAAUUAUCCCAUGUUCCAUGUCCUGGUUUUGGCUGUCUGACUGUUGUGGUUUAACCCUGGCCAGCAACCAAGCACCAUGCAGCUGCUCACUCGCUGCCCCUUCACCCAUAGGGGUGGGGAGGAGAAUCGGAAAGGAAUGUAAAAUUUGAGGAUUGAGAUAAGAACAAUCUAAUAAUAUAAACUGAAUUAAAAUGAAAGAACAAUAACAAUAACUAACAGUUAUAAUGAAAAGAUGGGGGGAAAGGAUAAAAUCCAAAGGGAAAGGGAGAAAGAAAAACAAAUUAUGCACAGUACAAUUGCUCACCACCUGCUGACCAAUGCCCAGCCAGUCCCUGAUCUGCAGGCCCUGGCUAACCCUCCAAGUUUAUAUACCAAGCAUGACAUCCCAUGGUAUGGGAUACCUCUGGCUGGUUCAGGUCAGCUGACCUGGCUGUGUCCCCUCCCAAUUUCUUUUGCCCCUCCAGCCUUCUCACUGGCAAGGCCCUGAAACAGAAAAGUCCUUGACUUAGUAUAAACAUUACCCAGCAACAACUAAAAACACCAGUGCAGUUAUCAACACUGUUCUCACAUCAGAGCCAAAACACAGCCCUGUACUAACUACUAAGAAGAAAAUUAACUCUAUUCCAGCCACAACCAGGACACAGAGUCUCACUAAACACAGUUUUUAUAAAAAAUGGGUAAUUCACAGAAAGUAUAUAAUAUUCAAUUUAAAUAAGAUUUGAAAGCCUCGAAGAACUAGCUUUAUAAAAAAUAUUUAUUAAGCAUUCUGUUUUAUCAUUUUUUGUUUCAAAGGUUCAGAUUUUUUUGUAGGCAUAUAAAACUAGAAUGGUUUUACAGCUUCUUCCUAUUAUAUUGGGUUUUAAUGGCUUUUAUUUGUAUGGCUAAAGAGCUUUGCUUGUUCUUUUGUGCAAUGGGUCAGAAACAUACUUUUAUAAGGCAUAUAUUUAAACUAUAUAUGUAGCAUCUACUUCUAAAUUGAAAAGCAGCAUAGAUGGGGAUUUUCAUAUAUAUGUUUACUGGGGUUUGCUUGGGAUUUUAAUUUGUUGUUUGUUGGGGGCUCUGUUUUUUUUAAGAAUGAAGUUUGGAAUUUUAUGGGCUUGUAAAAUCUUUAAGUGCAAGAACUACCCAUCAGCAAUAUUUUAAAAUGGAUGAUCUAGCAAGAAACUUCAAUGUGAAUUGUGAAAGUAAUAUGCAAAAGAUGCAGCCUAUCCAAAAUUUAUUUGUGCCAUUGUUAUGUCUGGUAUCUUUGUGCAUCAUCUAACCUAAGAAUAUUUAUUUUUAUUAGUUGUGCAAUAAUGUACACAACACUGUCACCUCUGGGAAUGUGGGACUUAAAAAAUGAGACUACAUUUAUGAUGGUACUAUUUUUUUCAAUAGACUAUGAGCCUUUGAAAUCUUAUCUGGCUCUACUGUUUUAAUGGUAUAAUUAGUCUUAGGGGAUUCACUUUUUUUCCUACUGGAUGGUAAAUGGAACUAUACAGCUAGCCUAUUUUUCAAUUAUAUGAAUCUUACCAUUGAGUUAAGUAUAAUUGGAAAGAGCCAACUAGUCUGUGCAAUAACACAUUAAUCUUAAUAAAUGCAUUUUCUCAGCAGUACUUAAGAAAUGUAUUUAGUACAUAAGGCUGAAUUUUACAGAAAAAUCUAGUUUCUGUAUUUCCUCAGGUAAUUGAUUCAGUUUGGACAUUUCACCGGAUAUGUUAAUACAAUCUAUGCUUCAGGUUUUCUGCCUGAAAUUAAUAACAAGAAAAAAAUGUCAUACAUAAUAGCAUCUUUGCAUAAGUUUCACUUAACUAUAAUUGAGAGGUAUUGACUUCUGAUGCUUUUAAAGGUGCAGAGAGAGCAUUAAGGUGCCUAACAUCAGCAUGGAAAAAUACUUUAAUGUCUGCUUUCAUCAAAAUCUGUAAUCAUGUAUGGACACUCUAGGUACCUGCUUUUUGUGGGAACCCAACAGUCAUAUUUUUACAAUGGAGUUUGAUAUGUCUAUACAUAAAUUUAAAACUGUUCUGGUUGUUUGAGACACUUGAGUGGAUCCUCAAGGCUUCUUGGAAACCUUUUGAAGCCACCAUGAUCUGCUGAGGGCGGACUGCAAGAUGGGCUAAAAGGCCAAUUCUGCAAACUCUUACAGUGGUAGCUUUAUUACUUAACCUAAAUGAUUCCACUGAAAGCAGUGGAAUUAUUCAUGUGGAAAAAAUUGCUUAAAUGUGUGUCUGCAAGAUAGAGUCCUAACUUUUGAAGGAUGGACUGAUGUUUCUGUAUCUUUUAACUUAAAAAGCAUUGGUUUAAUAAAGUUCCUUUAUCCAAGUAAUUUAAUUGGACAAAAAGAGUUUGUUCUUUUUCUGCAACAACAUUAAGGUUAAAGGGCAAUAAACCAGUACAAUCACUGAGCCUUUAUCCUCAAAAUGUGGCAUAAUAAAGAUACUGAAACUAUCACAGUGUAAUACCAUAUUUUUGACUUAGUUUCACUUGAGAGAUUACUUUUUUAAUACUGUUUUCUGUGUGAAUUUUGUACUAUUGGUGGCUAGUUUUGGUGUGAAGAAGCCUUUUAGGAUUAUUGCUUGAUGUUCUGAUUUUACAAUAGUGAUGCUUGUAUCCAGUGUUUUGCCAAAUAAUAUAUGCUUAUUAAUAAAAGUAAAAAAACUAACUGAAA